UUUGAUGGAACAACUGAAAUGAAUCAACCAAUAAUGAAUAUACAGAAUAGUUCAUUGGAAUACAACGCGAAUACUUCAAGUGAUUCCACAGACGAUUGUGUCCUUCCACAGGCGCAUGGCGUAAUCCUUAUGAUAGUUAACUCUGUAGCAGCUGUGGUAGGAACCUGUGGAAACAUUAUGGUCUGUAUUGCGGUGCUCACGAGCCCUCGUCUUCGUCGCAGCUCCAACUUUCUUCUGCUCAGUCUGGCCAUUGCUGAUUUGGUAGUGACGAUGAUCUGCGAACCUUUGGUGGUUGGAAUUGUCGGCAAGAGAGCGUUUCUCCAUGACUGUGCAUCCAGCCUGGAGCUUGCCUACGUUGUUGGCUCCAACCUCUCGUGUUCUGCAUCAGUUAUGCAUCUCGCAGCCAUCAGCGUGGACCGUUUCCUUGCCGUUGUCUACCCUCUUCGCCACGGACGGAUCAUGAGGAGCUACGGUUUGAAGACUAUGUUGGGAGUUGCCUGGGCCCUACCUAUCGUUUUCGCUUCAUGCCGCAUUCCCUUUCUCAAGGAGACUUCUUACGUCGUGUUCGUGAUGUUUGUGGGAGGCUAUGGCUUGAUCAUAAUCUGCUACGCGACCAUCGUGACUUUUCUAGUGAAAGAAAAGCGAAGAAAGAAUGAGCUCAGGGCACAACCCACGGUAGUUGUCAAUUCAAAAAUCGAGCGUCGCGUGGCGUUUACAUUGGGAAUGGUAAUAGCUAUCUUUACUUUGUGUUGGCUUCCGAUGAUUGUUGUGUUCUUUGCUGCUGGUAAAUCCCUUGUUAAGAUGUAUGGCACCGCUUACAUGUGGAUCCGAUCCUUGGCACUUUCAAAUUCAGCCAUGAAUUUCAUCAUCUAUAGUGCAAGGAUUCGUGACUUUCGGGAUGCUUAUGCUGUGAUAUGCCGGAAGACUCUUCGCCGCGCAUAACAAUUCAGUCGUUUUUAAGAGUAUCAUGGCGGGGUAAACAAACUAAAUGUACAUUUAGUAGUAAAUCUUUAACUUAUGAGGCAAGAUCGGCAAAAGCAUAAGAAAAAUUAGUGGCGCGCAACUAAUCAAGAGGAUGUAAUGUGCAAACCUUGUGAGAACAUUCAGCGAAUUUCGAGAUAAACAGACAACAGACAUUCAGGGCCUUGAGAGAUCAAGAGACACUACUUAUAAGAAAUAUUUAUUUCCUUUAGAACACACAUAAGAAAAGUCACCGUGGGAAAUAAUGCUGAUUCAUCUUGAAAAUCUAGAAACAUCGGAAUAAACAGACAACAGACAUUCAGGGCCUUGAGAAAUCUAGACACUGGUUCAGUAAGAAACAUUUCCUUUAGAACACACAUAAGAAAAGUCAACGUAGGACAUAAUGCUGAUUCAUAUUGAAAAUCUAGGGACAUCGGUCAAUAUUAGAGGUCAAAAUCAACCCAAUUUGCUAAAGCGGAAGUAAAUCGAUGACGAAAGUUAAUCUCAGGUCUACACCUGUAUUUAACCUUUUAACUACCAGAAGUGAUUAACCUGUAACUUCUCCCCAUAAUAUCCAUACAGUAUC